CCCAUUAUACGGAAUAUACUACCCUACCACUGGAACUGCGAGGAAGAGGAAGCCCUCUGGUUCUUAACGCUAUCCUCCUUUUCCUUCUUCGAUUACACAUCGAGCACGCCGAACGCAAACAGAGCUUGAACUUGCAGAAGCUUGUAUCUCUUAGCUACUCCACUGGUAGUCAAAAGUGGAAAUUGCAUAUGGGAACUUUAGGGAAAGCAAUAUACACCGUAGGAUUCUGGAUUCGUGAGACUGGGCAGGCUAUUGAUCGGCUCGGUUGUCGCCUCCAGGGCAACUACUACUUCCAAGAACAGCUGUCUAGGCAUCGAACUCUGAUGAACAUAUUUGAUAAGGCUCCUGUAGUUGAUAAGGAGGCCUUUGUUGCACCAAGUGCCUCCAUCGUUGGAGAUGUUCAAGUUGGAAGAGAGUCCUCAAUUUGGUAUGGAUGUGUCUUGAGAGGUGAUGUGAACAGCAUCAGUGUUGGAAGUGGGACUAACAUACAGGAUAACUCCUUGGUCCAUGUUGCAAAGUCAAAUUUAAGUGGGAAGGUGUUGCCAACUAUUAUUGGGGACAAUGUUACUGUUGGUCAUAGUGCAGUCUUACAUGGCUGUACUGUUGAGGAUGAGGCCUUUGUUGGUAUGGGUGCAACACUACUUGAUGGUGUCGUUGUUGAGAAAAAUGCUAUGGUUGCUGCUGGAGCCCUUGUGAGACAGAAUACUAGGAUUCCCUGCGGAGAGGUGUGGGGGGGCAAUCCGGCAAAGUUCCUGAGGAAGCUCACCAAUGAAGAGAUAGCAUUUAUCUCACAAUCGGCCGCCAAUUAUUCAAACCUUGCACAGGUCCAUGCAGCUGAAAAUGCCAAGUCUUUCGACGAAAUUGAGUUUGAAAAAGUGCUGAGGAAGAAAUUUGCACGCAAAGAUGAAGAGUACGACGCAAUGCUUGGGGUUGUUCGUGAAGUCCCUCCGGAGCUUACUCUACCGGAUAAUGUUCUUCCUAAUAAAGCACAAAAGGCUUCUUAAAAAUGAGUUCGCCUCAAAGAAUGUUACUUCCAAUCACAAUCUUGUAAGUGGCAUCAAAGCAAGAGGGAUAUUCUUGUGUUUUUUUUUUUCUUUGGGAAUUUGUGAAAGAGGGAUUAUUGUUAUUCAUAAUAAUAUCAGACGUGGAUUAGGCUUGACAUGCAUCUCCUUUCCCAGUCUAGGGAUAAAUGGUUCCCUAAUAUUUCAGUUUUACUUUAUACUCUGGAAACAGAAGUCCUUUCUGUUUAAUGUAUCCGAUCCAGAUGAUUAUUAAAUUAUAAAGUUGUCGUUGAAAUAA